AUGGGCGACACUCCGGUCAACGGCGAGCAGCCUCACUCUUACUUCUUUGACCAUCUGACGUCGUACCCUGUGGUUUCUGACUCGAUCACCGUGUUCAAGAGCAACAAAUACGGCGCAAAGUCCCUGGCAUAUGCCGACCAAGGCUACGUCUAUAUCGCCAAGCCGUUCAUUCCCUAUCUAUCCAAGCCCUACGGCUUCGUCGCCCCCUACGUUGCUCGUGUGGAUUCGCUCGGUGACCUGGGCUUGACCAAAAUUGACUCGACCUUCCCCUUCAUCAAGCAGGACACGGAGACCCUCAGGGCCACGAUCCACGACGGGGCAUACUUCCCCGUGCGCUUGGUUGGCGACGCCAAAGUCCAUGUCUUCGACCUCUACGGCUCGGAGUACAAGAAAUGUGGCGGCGACGGAGUGCUGGCGCGUGGCAAGGCCGUGAUCACGACCAGUCUGGUGCUGGGACAGGAGUCGCUGGGCUUCGUCAGCUCUCUGCUGCAGAAGAAGAAGGCGCAGGUCAAAGAUGCACCUGACAGCCAUGUAUCCGCCGAAAAUGCGCGCCGUCGCAGACGUACAGAUAAUGCCUCGUCCGAUAGCGAAGACGGGGAGGAUGACGACGCGCGCGCGCCGAGUAGCACCGACGUGACGGUGAAGAAGUUGGUCCGCCUGGCGCUCGCAAGCGAAUACUCUCGACUUCCAAUCCGAAGAACCGACAUCGCCACCAAGGUCCUGGGGGAUCAAGGGUCGAGACAGUUCAAGACGGUGUUCAAUGCCGCACAGGAAGCUCUACGCACGUCGUUUGGGAUGGAGUUGACCGAACUGCCGGUGAAGGAGAAGGUAUCGAUUCAGCAGCGAAGAGCGGCCCAGAAAGUCGAACGGACCUCGUCGAGUAACAAGUCCUGGAUCCUGACUAGUACGCUACCUGCCGCUUAUCGGAAGCCUGAAAUCCUACCCCCCACCAAAGCACCUUUGGAGGGCACCUACACCGGGAUCUAUUCUUUCAUCAUAGCAUUAAUUCUCCUCAACGGGGGCUCUCUCCCGGAACAGAAGCUCGAUCGGUACCUGCGACGGACUAAUGCCGAGACGUACACGCCCGUUGACCGUACAGACCGGCUUCUGCAGCGCCUCUGCAAAGAAGGCUAUCUGGUGCGGGUUCGCGAAAUGGACGGCGGAGAAGAAGUGAUUGAGUACAUGGUCGGCCCGCGGGGCAAAAUGGAGGUUGGCGCUCAGGGCGUGGCUGGCUUGGUGCGUCAGGUGUAUGGCCGCCAGGAUCCCCGGGAAGAGGAUACCACACCCGCCGAGAGAGCGCAGAUGGAAGAGUUCGAGCUCCGAUUGGCAAGGAGUCUCGGGCUCCGGAAACCUUCGCGGCGGGUGGACGAAGACCGGACUGGGGAUGAAAACGGGGCAGAUACUCCGCAACGAGGGCAAACGCAACGACAGUCUCAGCGGCAGGCUGCAGAAUCUGACGAGGAGGACGAGAGCGAUUGA